AGCGUCCAUUCCCUUGCACUCGUUGCCGAUGCCUUCCACCUGUUCAACGGCAUUUUGUCAUUGCUGGUGGGCCUCGAGGCUAUCCGAGUCGCAACAACACGCGAGCCCUCUCGUAUUUGCACAUACGGGACACUCGAUGCGCUGAUCAACGGAGUAUUUCCCAUCGCUCUCUACAUGCCGAUCCUCCUCGAGGCUAUCCAACGCUUCGCAGAACCUCAAGAGCCUCCAACCCGAUAGUGAUUCUUGUGGUUGGCUGCCAUGGCCUCGCUUCGAAUUUCCUCGGCAUAGUCCUCUUACACUGGCAU